AUGUUCACCUCAACUCGUGCCCUGGCCGUGGCAGUCCUUGGCCUGUCUGCUUCAGCCCUUACGGUGCCGGUUCGCCGUGAUGUCACGUCGGGCCUGUGGUCCGAGUUAAAUCUCUAUGAACAGUACUCGGCCGCUGCCUACUGUCCAGACAACUUCAACGCUACUGCCGGAACAACCGUGCGUUGCUCGACUGGAAACUGUCCUCUGGUCGAGCAGGCCAGCGCGACAGUCGUUUACUCAUUUGAUGAAGUGCUGAUUUCUCGAAGUGCUGGUGAUGGCGACACAACCGGCCUUCUCAUCAAGGACGACAGCAGAAAACUGUUCAUCCUGUCUUUCCGCGGCAGUAAGACCAUUUCUAACUGGCUCACGAACCUCGACUUCACCCUUACGGAUGCGUCCUCCCUGUGCGAUGGUUGCGAGGCUCAUAAGGGCUUCCUAGAGGCCUGGCAAUCCGUUUCCGAAAAGAUCGAAAGCGAGCUAUCUGCGGCUAUCGCCGAGAACAAGGAUUAUGGUAUUGUCGUUACUGGACACAGCUUGGGAGCUGCGUUGGCGACUCUGGCGGCCGUAGAAUUGCGCAACCAGGGAGACAAGGUUGAUUUGUACACGUACGGAUGCCCUCGCGUAGGAAACCAUGCAUUCGCCAGCUUCGUCACGACGCAAGAGGGCGGAACGAACUACCGAGUCACGCACACCGACGACCCAGUGCCCAAGGUACCCCCCAAGAGCUUUGGUUUCAGCCAGCCCGGCCCCGAGUACUGGGUCACGGCGGCGAGCAACUCGUCCGUCUCAACGUCCCAAAUCACAGUCGUCCAGGGCAUCGACUCUGAUCUAGGCAACGACGGGACCGCCGUGGGGUUGGACAUUGCUGCUCACUUGUGGUAUUUUAACAAGAUCUCGGCGUGUGGUUGA